UCAUCAUCACCAGGUUCACGAAGCUAAUACGGAAACCAAACCCUAAACAUUUCCUUUGUUUUCUGCUUAGUUGUCACCUUUACGUGACAUACGUACAGGAUGGAACGCUUAUGACAAGUCUCCUUUUCCCAGCUCCGAUCCCCCAUUUAAUUUGCUGGCUUGUUGGCCAACAAUCAGCGCGCAGUUGCAGCAUUAUCAUACUCAACAACAGCAACAACCACGAUAGAACGAAUCUCCUGCUAAAACCAGCCAAUGAAGCCCUCGUUCUGUCGUGCAUGCUGUUAGAGAUAGAUUCUCAGAAUUACAUGAAAGAUGAUGUCAUUACAUUGAUACACAUACAAAUCCGUAACAUCCUAAGUAGUCUCUCCUUUUUUCAUAUACAACUGGUGUAUUUCGUUGGUAAUAAUAUUUCUACCAUUAUCGGGAAAAAAAACUAAAUGAUCUGCCAACUCUGCUCUAACGGCCAAAGGAAAUAUAAAGUUCCAGAUAAGAAUGCUCGUAAAUCAUCGUCGGUAGCGAUGGCGUUUGAAGUUGAAGUAGACGUGCCCACGCUCAAACGUGCAUUUGAAUCCAUUGUUGUGAGAGUAUUCCCACUCCUUAUUCGCAGUCCAGCAUGGAACCGGACGAUGCAUGUCUCGUCGCUGCUCCCGUCCCUUUCUAUCGUGUACAUUGGAGGUCGACGAGAUCAGGGUAAAAGAUGUUGAACUUGUAACCCUUAACUAUUUUCGGAGGCAGGUUGUCGAUCGGGGUCGGUACUUGGGCUUCCUGGGCCGAUACUUGUCGUGACACCAAUACACCUGAGAAUCCAGGUUCACUUCUUCACCAGAUCGAAACACUACAUCGCCUUCCUCCAUCGUUCGUCUGGCUCUGAACGCUUUCAUCUCGAAUUUGUAACUUGUAUUAUUACGAAAUGAUAAAGGAUUUGUAUAGAUUACAAGACUUGAACAAUAAGUAGGAAAACUACAAUAAUGCUAAUACCAGAAAGACACAGAAAUCCUAUAAAAAAAACAAAGAAAAUAUAAAAUUAUUCAUAAUCUCUAUCUUUUACGUGACCGCUUUCUCCUGAGCUCGCUCGCUGCGGCUGCUGCAGAGUGGUGGAUUUGGAAUAGUCGCACUCGAUUAUAUAUAUCCAGCACAAGAUACUGCUUUGGAUCCUAGUGGGCAAACACAGAAUCUACACAAGAUACACUCAAAGAUACACAUCCAAAAUUCAUUCAUUCGUUCAUAUAUCCGCACUGUAUCGGUCGUGCAGACUUUUCCCCUUUUCUGAUAGAAUUUUAUACCGCAGAAUUGACACAUAUUUUUCCAUCUUCCGUACAUAUCCAUUUGAUUGGUCAAAGAGGGAUGGCAACCGGUUGGAUGGAGAGCGGACCAUGCAUAUCUGUUACCCUACUCAAUAUAAUUCGAGUUUUAUUCAUACCCAUACCUAGAAUAGUCAAAAUCCCGAUUUAAAUCCUAAAAUCCUACGCUUUUACGAUUUUACUUGCCCAUUCCGAUUCUAAUUUCACUAUAAAAUCUAUGGACCUUAAAAUCCUACACUAUUCACGAUUUAAAUCCUUAAAAUCUUACGAUUUUACGGUUCAAAUCUUUGAGUCAAUUUUACUUAUUUUCCCCCGAAUUUGCAAAAUCACGCCUCGUUUUCUUCUCCUCCACCAACAUCAUCUAGUUCUCUCACACUAACCACCAUUGACUAAUAAUAAAUUCACAUCAACGUAUUAAUCAUCAUCGAUUCACCACCUCUUAACAUUAAUCUUGAUAAAUUGGAACAUUAACUUUGAAAAAUUAUCAUUGUAAGUGUUAUGUGCUUUUGUGUUAUUCAUGAUUUUCCUUACUAAUAUUAUUCCGUCUUCAUUUUUAUAUGGACCUUACAAUCCUACGAUUUUACGAUUUCGAUUUUAUCCCCAUUUUUUAUUUUACGUAAAAUCCCAAUUUUUGACUGCUUGCCCAUAUCCGUUCGGGUUUCGGGUAUCCACGGUUAUCCAUGCAUAAUAAUUUAGUUCAACUAAUAUGUUAACAUUCACACAUAUAAUCACAUCACGUAAGAGGAAAAGUACGACAAUGAUUCACUAGAAUGAAGAAAAUCAAUUAAGACAACACAAUUUCAUGAAAAUAUUAUAUUUAUAUGAUAAAUAUAAAAUAUGCUAGAGAAUAAUAAUGAUUAUUUCUAGACAAAAUAUAUAUGCAUGUGUAUAAUUGGGUGGGUUCGGGUUGGAUAGUGAGAAAAUCAUGUACACUCAUUACCCAAAGUCCUUCGGGUUCGAGGUUUACUCUACCCAAUUAGGUCAUAUUCUAGCGGAUAUCAACGAUUACGAAUAUUUUUGUCAUCCCUGAGCAGUACUGGUCGGGCCACCCAAUGCUUGCCUUGUUACAAGAAACUAAAGAAAGUAGUUACGGUCGUCUUCGAUCACAGGGUGAACUUUGGUAAAGAGCUUAUAGCAUAAAUGUAAAGUCUGUUCGUCUCGCCUUAAAUUUGAAGUUGGUCGAUACAUCGAACAGUGUUAGGGGUUGAUUUAGUGGAAAUAUGAGAAUGAUAAUAUAUACUACACGUUGAUUUGGAUUCAUGGGACAAAUGUCGACUAGAAGAGACUAACCAAAGUUACAACUAAGUACAGCCCAACUCAACCCACAUCCUUUUUAAAUAUACACAUGCCCCUUUGUUUUGUUGGCAUCCUAUUCCUACGUACACAUAUAUGAAACUGACAAAGUCUCGGCUACUUGCCAUCUCUAGUGUUAGUUUACCCUCCAAGAUUCCAUUUGCCUUGACCUCUAACCCCACCACCCCUCUCAAUUUAUCCCUUAGUUAUUACAUUAUCACUAGGUCAAUUACUCGGGAGUAAGGUACCAGCUCCACGUAACAUGUUCUUAUCGAUGUUGUUAAACUAUUAUUCAAGAGACUAAAAGAGUUGGGUGAAAUCAAGGUUGUCAACCCGCGGGUUAACCCACUUUGACCCUGAUCUGGUCAGAAAAACGGGCCGCACGCACCCGCCGGGUCAACCGCUACAAGUUACUGGGUUGGAGGUCAAAUUGUGUCUUUUUUUUUCUUUGUUUUGCGAAAUGCGCCUAUUUUCCGAUUUUCCUUUUCGCCUAACUCAAUCUUUGUAAUCCUAAGUUGAACAUUUGAAUAUUAAUGUUAUAUAAGUGUGUGUGAAUUUUCACUAUAUGUUGAAUCUAAGUAUGAAAUGUUAUUUUGGUGUAAUAUUAUAUGCUAAAACGGGUGACCCAUUAACCCUUGACCCACUAGCUCAAUCGGGUCCGGGUCAACCCACGGGUCGACAACCUUGGCUGAAAUAGAAUGAUGAAAUCAGAACGUAUUUUAAAAGCUUUAGGGUGGUGGGUCUGGUCGCUGGUGCAGGUCCUGGGCCAAAUUUUGUGGCUCAGUUUGGGGAGAAGGAAAAGACGAAAAUAAAUAACAAAGCCAUUUUAUUUUUAUCGAAACAAUUACAAAGCCAAAUUUCUUUUUGAUUCGUAACAGUAAUUUAUUCCAGUAUCCCUUUCGGUUUAUUUCGCUUUCAUCCCUCUACGGCCAAGCAAGUCGGGCUAGGCUUCUUAAAUCUUAUCUCCUCUCCCUCUUUUGGUUCACGCCACAAGCUUAUCAUCUCAGAACCUACUCACGUCUCCUGUUCCUUCCUAUUAUCAGAGACCAACGUUCAAGUCAUCUCAUACCAACUUAGAGGAUAAUCCGAUCCACCAUCGACAACGAUGACUAAUCCUGUUAUUGCAGAUGAUCCCACAAACGGAUAAACGACUGCCAACAAAAAUGUGUUUCACUGUCACAAAUAAUAAUCGAACUUUGAAACAAGAGAAGGCAGAGAGACUUAUGCAUUGCACUCAAAUUAGGAGAAGAGUGCUAUUCCAAGUAUUCUCCAUUCCCAUACUCACUCCAGUAUGACAAGUCGAUAGACUCAGCCACAGACAGUCAUCACCAGAUAAAUUGAAACAAGCCAAACCAACAAAUAAAAGAGGAGAGGGAAGCAAAAAUUAUGAAUGAAUGCUAUUGUCUUUUGUUAAGUAGGUCUUGGUCUGACUCAAUCGCAUCCCAUUAAGGAUCUGGUUGUUUCUUUCUAGGUGUGGUUUUAGUGCAGGUAUGAAGAAUAUGAUAAUGAGGAAAAGGGGGAAAAGAGUAGGGUUUGGAUCGAAAUCUUUUCAAUUUCCAUCUUUCUUUUUGUGCAAAUAAGAGAGGUGGUGUGGGGAAAAAGGGAGAAGAUAGAUAGGGAGAGACAUGUACAAUGACAGCAGAGAUUUCGAAUUCACAGACUGAUCUCUUUCCUAAGAUGAAAGAUCCAUCCCAGCUGUAACUCAUGGCUGGAUUACAAUCUGAGCCACCAUAUAUAAAAUAUCAGUAUCAAAUCAUUCCCCUCUUUGCUCCUUCCUAAGGGACGACUCAUUAGCUAAAAAGGACCCUACCAGACAUUUCAAUAUCACCAGACACCAAUUCUCCCUCCAGCUGGGAGUAUCCCUAAAAGUGAAAUUCAAUUAUUUUUCCUUGGAAUCUCAGAAGCAAAAUGAUCAAUGAUCAACAUCAUCAACAAACAUCACAGCAUCAUCAUUGUGCUGAUAUGUCGAAAGAUUACGACCCCUCUUUCUACUUCCACUAAUUCAAUACGUGAGAAGCUCACUGAUCGUUUGUCUUAUUAUGCCUCACAUUGUAAUGCUACUGCCAUAUCAGUAGGUCACUUCUUGCAUGCAAAUCUGCAACACAACUCUUAUCUUUCAAAGGAUUAGGAUAAAGGUUGAAACUGUUCCUAAACAUAAUGUUCAACAUCAGCCAUCCUAGCAAGUCAACACUCUCCUAAAACUUGUCUCUUCUUUUUCUUCCUUUUUCCCCCUAAAAAUCUUAUGUAUGGUCUGUCAUCCAUUAGCAAACUCUUAUCUCAAGCCUUCUUUUACUUUUACAUUCCAUGUCGUUUAUCACAAAGAACAAAAGUGAAGAAAGGAGAGAAGAAGUGAAGAGUAUGUUUACCUAAUAAGAUGAAUUGACUGAAAGCAACCUUAUCAACUUGAUGACAUUUUCCGGUUCUGCUUCCUCUGCAGAAGGGCUCCCACUAUACCUGCUUCUUCAUCAAGGUAUGCUGAUCAGCUAUACAAAGGGCAUGAUUAUAGCUUACUGGUAAACUAGAGCAGGAAUCAAGAACCGUCAAGUGAAAAUCCAUCAAUCUUUUCAUUUCAUUCAACGAUAAUUGAUACAUCUAAAGUGAAUAAUAUCAGUGAAUGGAGUAAAAUAUUUGCCUACUUAUAGCCUUGAAAUUACAAUCAAUGAGAUGGGGAAAGAGGCUAGGAGUACAAGAAAACAAGAGGAACCCCCUCAUGUGCUCAAAAUGUUCAUUUCUCGACCUAAGAAUUGAUGGACAAGGGGUUCUUUCAGUAUAGAUUUGGUUCUGGUUAAAAGAGAGAAGCUUUUUCACGCCUUGUGUUCAUAAGAGUUCUCAAGGACUCGGACUCCAGGUCCAUAUAUCAAACGGCAGCGGUCACUGAACGAACCAACUAAACGGGAUACCACUUCCUUGAAAAACAUGGAUGCAACCUGUCCAAACAAAGGCAUUAACAGAAAUUAAGGAUCCGAAUAUCAAACGUUACUCAUUCCCAGUUCCUUCAUAGAAGAUUUGUGCAAAUUCAUCAGCCAAUAUAUUAUUUAUCAAAGGUGGAAAUCUAAAAUACAAACAUGCAACAUAACAUUAAAGGAACGAUAGCUCCUGGUAGACAGACUAAAUCCGUAAAUUUUCUGUAAUCACAUGCCUACUGAAUGAAUUAUCAAGAAGGAUUGUGUAUCCGUGUUAUGCCCAUCUUCCUAUGAUGUCACCAAGUUACAGAGACAAGAAUGUAAGAUGUUGUAGUCUUGUAGAUAUCCCUGAACCAGAAGAACAUUUAGGUCAUCUUCCACAUCAGUAUGAGUAGUGACAUCCGAAUGCAAUUUCCAAUAUUCUCCUACUUGUCAUUCUAACAAAUCACAUUUGCAGAGAAAUGCAGUGCCACAAAGUACAAACUGGUGGAGCUUGCGCAGUAGCAUAGAGAGAUAGCAAUUACUGUAGAAAAAAGAAGAGCCACCUUU